UACACCGUAUUUGACACGAUACUUUACACAUUUACCAUUGUUGUUAAAUUAUUAUCAAAAAUUAAGUCAUUCACCUGGGUUCUGCCCACCUGUAAAGUUGACAAGUUUAAUCAAAAGUAAAUCAUGAGUGACAGCUCGGAUGAUGAAUACUUUUGCACCGAUUGGCUGCCUUACAGCGAACGGAAAGAUUGGGAGGACAUAAAGCCGCUGGAGCAGGAUGACGGGCCCAAUCCAGUGGUGUCCAUUGCCUACAGUCAAAAGUUUCGGGAUGUUUUUGACUACACACGUGCCAUUAUCGCCAAAGGGGAGAAGAGCAGGCGUGCCCUGGAUCUGACCACUGAUGCUCUGCGUCUAAAUCCGGCCAACUACACUGUUUGGCAAUACAGACGCGACAUUCUCAGGGAAAUCGAGGCUGAUCUAAAUGUGGAACUUGACUACCUGGGCGAAGUGAUUGGUCAGAAUGCCAAGAACUAUCAGGUGUGGCAUCAUCGUCGGGUUAUUGUGGAAAUGUUGAAUGAUCCUAGCAAUGAGCUGGAAUUAACAAAAAAUGCAUUGGACAAUGAUGGCGAUGCCAAGAACUAUCACGCCUGGCAGCAUCGACAGUGGGCCAUUAAAACGUUUAACCUUUACGACGACGAGUUACGCUAUGUGGAUCGUUUAAUUUGCGAAGAUCAGCGCAACAAUUCGGCCUGGAAUCAACGUUUCUUCGUUCUCAAGCAUUUGGGCUUCACGCCGGAAGUCAUUCAACGGGAACUAGUCUAUACGAUGAAUCGGAUACGCAUCAUCAAGAACAACGAAAGUGCCUGGAACUUUUUGGUAGGUGUCUUACGUCAAAGUGGUGGCGACGACCAGUAUCAACUGAACAGUCAUCCGGAGGUUGUUGAAUUCAGUGAGGAGCUCUAUAAUGCCGGCAAUCGGUCACCAUAUUUAUUGGCCUUUCUCAUUGAUGUCUACCAGGAGCAAGCUUUGCAUCAGAAAGCCAAUAAUGAGCAACUUGCUCGUAAAGUUUUCACCCUUUGCGAUGACAUGGCCACCAAACACGAUGUCAUUCGUCGCAAAUAUUGGCAAUAUGUGGCCAGUCAUUUAAAAUCCCAGUUGGAUAAAGAGAAACAACAACAACAGCAGUAUCAGGAGACCGAGAAGGGCCAUUAGCCUGCACCAUUUAAUUACUUGUUGUUGUUUUAGAAUUUAAUUUACUUAACUACGUAUUGUUUAGACCUUCCUUAUAUACACAAAUAAAAUUCAUAAAAAAUGCCUUACAAAA